AUGCCCAAGGGUACACGCAGAAUUCUCAUGGACAUCCCCUGUAAAGUUUGUGAAGACCACUCCUCGGGAAAACACUAUGGAAUCUAUGCUUGUGACGGGUGUGCCGGCUUCUUUAAGAGGUCAGUUCGGCGAAACCGACAGUAUUUAUGCAAAUCACGAGGUCAAGGGUUAUGUCCGGUGGACAAGACACACAGGAACCAGUGCCGGGCAUGUAGACUGAGCAAGUGUGUGCAAGCAGGGAUGAACAAAGAUGCUGUACAGCACGAGAGGGGACCCAGAAACUCUACCAUCCGCCGUCAGGUGGCAAUGUUCAUCAAGGAAUCAGUGGAGUGGGGCGGGCUGGUCGGGUCUCCACCAGUCACGAUACCCAACUUCUGCAACAGCGUGGAGACCAUCUGUGAGGCGGCGGCCAGGCUUCUGUUUAUGAGUGUCAAAUGGGUAAAAACGUUGCCGGCGUUUGUAGCGCUGCCCUACAGAGACCAGGUGCUGUUGCUGGAGGAGUGCUGGCGGGAACUGUUCGUGCUGGGUGCAGCCCAGUUCCAGAUGCCACUGGACGCCAGGCCACUUCUGUCUGCAGCAGGAGUGACCAUUGGCCAAGGAUCGCCGGACAAAGUUUUGAGGAUGUUAAGUGAGGUCAGGGCACUUCAUGAAACUAUUGCAAAGUUCAAGGCCUUGCAGGUUGAUGCAGCAGAAUACACCUGCCUCAAAGGCAUUCUGCUAUUUAAAACAGAUAAGACACUGAAUACACCGACUGUACGGAAAACUACGGUUAGAGUAAUAAUGAGGAUAAUGAUGAUACUGUCGAAGAUUGUGAUAGCUAUGAGACUGACAAUGAUAACCACGACGACAAUAACAAUAUACCUGUUCAUGUUUUGUCCGCCUAAAGUCAGAUGCUUCUCUUUGUGUGUCCAUAGAUUCGGAAAGCUGCUUCUCCUGCUGCCUUCCUUGCGAGUCAUCAGCGGGCUGACCAUCGAAGAGAUCUUCUUCAGGAGAACCAUAGGCAACAUUCCCAUCGAGCGUCUGCUGGUGGAUAUGUUCAAGUCCAGGGAUCUCUGA